AUGGAGGCCGCUGGUUUCCUCUACUAUUCUCCGGACCCACAGGGCCGACAGCAGAAGCAGCACGGUCACCACGGUCACUUCUUAGCACAACCGAAUGCUGCAUACACUAUCUCUGCUUCACCGCAGUUGCUUGCGCCAACUCCAAUUCAUUUCCCAUCUCAGCUGGUUCUAGGUGGACGAGGUGUUCCUCUUACCAUUACUCCUUCGGCUUCCCCAUCUUUAAUGGAGCCUUACCGUGAUAUGUGCUCCGAGUCUGCGACCACGGAUCUUCUGUUCAACCCUGCUACUCCUCCUUUGACCCACAGUGCCGUCAGCACACCAUCUCUUUCUUAUGCCAUGCCUACUCCAAUCAGCAACCACGGCUGGUCCUCUGAGGAGCCCGUUAUUGCCACUGUAUCUUUGUCCGAUAUCCACCUCCCAAGCACUCCAGCCGAUUACUUUCCACCUGGCCUUGUUGCUCCAUCGAUUUUGAAGUCUAAUGCUAGCCCACCACCAUCAAUUUCUUUGAAUGAUUUGCACUGCCCAGCUCUUUCUCCAUGCUCUUCUCAAGAUUCCUUCAACGAGUCUGACUGCUGUGACCCACGGGAACUCACCAUUCAGUCUCCAACCCCAGUUGAGAUUAAGCCAGACAUCCUCUUCCCACCAAUGGCUUCCCUCAGCGGUGAUGAUGACCAGUUCCUCUUUGGCGGCAAUGUCGAGUCUUUCCUCCCAUUGGCCUCCAAGGUUACUCCAUACAUGGCUGGUGACUACAACGAGGAACUCUCUGACUUGGGUGAUUCCGAAGACGACUUCAUUCAGAACUUCUCUGAGUCUGUCUUCUCUAACAAGCGCAUGAGAUUCGAUGACGACUCCGAGAAUGAGCAGCUCCCAAGCCCACCCAUGUCUACAUCCUCAUCCCGACAAGGCUCUGUUGCCCCAAUCAAGGUCCUAAAGCGAAAGCUCCUAAAAGUCAAGAAGGAAGAUACCCCAGAAGAGAUGUCUGAGGAACAGAGACUACGAUCCUUCAAGUUUGGCUCCAUCGACAGCGCCUGCAGCUCUGAGCCCUCUUCCCCAUGCUCUGAAAAGCACUCGCAUAUGGUUGGACACCCAAUCAGCCCACACGUCAUCCGACGAGGACGCAAGCAGUCUUUGACUGAGGACCCUUCCAAGACUUUCGUCUGCCAUCUUUGCACCCGUCGUUUCCGCCGACAGGAGCACUUGAAGCGACACUUCCGAUCUCUCCACACUGAGGACAAGCCAUUCGCUUGUGGUGAGUGUGGAAAGAAGUUCUCUCGCAGCGACAACCUCACACAGCACAGCCGCAUCCACGGCACCGGCGCUGUUGUCCUUGGUGUUUUGACCGAGGGUGAGGUCCCAGUCCUCGGAUCGCAGUUUAUGGAAGACGAGUCAAUGCAUUCCCCUCAACCUUUCAUUGUCGUUGACUCGAUGACCGCUGCUUCCGGCGAGAUCAAGGACAAGUCUUCGGAUGACAAGAAGUCUCGCAAGAAGAGAAAGAGGUCCGAUGAGUAA